UCAGGACAACAGAACUUGCACUUCAUCUGACAAGAUGACACUUGGGGCCCAGAGCGCCAGCGAGCAGUACUGGAAUCGCGUGGCUCUGCGGAGAUCCAGUAAUAUCGAGGAGACGGGUCCAAUAGUUUGGCACUUGGCUCUCUGCUUGCUGCUGAGCUCCAUCCUUGUUGCUGCAGUACUCAUCAAAGGAAUCAAGUCAUCGGGAAAAGUUAUGUAUUUCACCUCUUUGUUCCCGUAUGUGGCGCUUGUGAUCCUGCUGAUCAGAGGCGCGACACUCGAAGGAGCCAGAGAUGGCAUAGAUUUCUACAUUGGCACUAACUCCAACCUAACAAAACUGACAGAAGCAGAGGUCUGGAAAGACGCGGCAACUCAGACGGCGUUUUCUCUCUCGAUUGCUGGUGGGGGACUUAUAACUCUUGCUUCUUAUGGCAAGUUCCACAACAAUAUGUUCAUCGACUCUAUGGCUAUAAGCUUCAUCAACCAUGCAACAAGUAUCUUAGCAGGCUUUUCCAUCUUUUCCAUUUUGGGUCACAUGUCCUACAUCUACCAAGUUCCUAUUGACGAAGUGGUGAACGACGGAUUCGGCCUGGCGUUCAUUACAUAUGCAGAAGCCCUGACCAAGCUUCCCAUUUCCACUUUUUGGUCAAUCAUCUUCUUUUUCAUGAUAUUGUCAUUGGGCCUGGACUCUCAGUUCACAAAUUUAGAGGUGGUCUCCACCAGCAUCACUGAUGCCUUCCCGAAAUCAAAGCGGGCCUACGUAAGCUUUGGUUGUUCCUGUAUCGUCUUUUUAUUAGGCCUGCCAUUAGUCACAGAGGUGCGCGGGAAUAUAUGGGUCAGUCUAAUGGAUGCCUUUAUUGCAAAUUGGGUACUGCUUGUUUUGGCUCUGAUGGAGCUCAUUGGCUUCAUCUACAUAUAUGGUAUGAACCGAUUAAUUGAGGACAUUGAGAUGAUGAUUGGGAAAAAGAGCGUCUGGUUCUGGCUAUGGUGGAAAGCAUGUUGGUUCGUUAUCAGCCCAUGUAUCCUGUUGGCCAUCCUGGUGUGGUCUCUUAAGUCUUUUGAGGCCCCCAACUAUGGAGGAGUAAAGCUCCCAUCUUGGGCGGUGGCAUUGGGUUGGUGCCUUGCUGCUCUACCACUCGUAUGUAUCCUCAUCACUGCAGUUUAUAAGCUGAGCAGAGCAGAAGGAAAUCUUUGGAAGCGCAUAAAGUCACUGUGCUACCCUUCGGAGGAAUGGCACCCUUUUCUGGACAUCCAUCGAGGAGAAUGCUAUUCGGAGGAAAACCGCAGGAAAAAAGCCUCAAAAACAACAGAUGGUGAACAAAUGUCAAUGGCGGUGUUCAGUAGUAUGUGACAAUACGGAAACGUGACACUAUUUAUGAAAUUUGAACUUGAAGUGAAAAGAUGAACAUUUCUACACCCUUCCUUUCUUAUCACUGAAUUAAAAUAUGGCAGCAGAAUACGUGACAAAAGGAGACAUGCAUUUCAAGACUACACCUCAUAUUCAUGUCUAUAUAUACAGUUGUUGGAUCAUAAUUACAUCAGGUACUAUGCAGUGAAAUAAAAAAAUCCAUUCAUCCAUAAUUAUGCAAUUUUCUCCACUUGCUUCAAGUGCACUUAUGUAUGCAAUCACAGCCAUAUAACUCUUUC